UUGUUAACAGAAGAUGCCUGACAUUUGUGGUAUCCCCUAUUACGUGUUUAUUCCUGUAGGAAUUUUUAUAGCUUUAUAUCUAUAUCUUACAAGAAAUUUUGGUUAUUGGAAACGUCUUGGAAUUCCGGAAGUACCUCCUUUACCACUCACAGGUUCUUUCAGAUUUGACUUGAGUUCUCAUCAAGGAAAAGCAGAACAAGUUUGGUAUAACAAAUAUGGCAAGAUAUUUGGGAUAUACGAGGGUACAAAUCCGGUACUUAUGAUAGCAGAUCCAGAUCUAUUGAAAGAUAUUCUAGUCAAGGAUUUCCAUGUAUUUUCUGAGAUUAGGGAUAUUCAGUUUGGAGAUCCAAUUACAGAUAAAAUGCUUUUUGUACUGCGUGCAGAAAGAUGGAAAGAAGUUAGAAAUCUUAUAACUCCUACCUUUACUUCAGGGAAAAUGAGAUUGAUGUCCAAAUCAAUUAACGAUUGUUGUAAAACACUCGAAAAUAAUCUUGUGAAAGGAGCUAAAACCAAUAAAGAAGUAGAUGUUAACAAGUUUUUUGGUGCUUACACUAUUGACGUCGUGGCCAGAUGCGCUUUUGGAAUGAACCUGGAUUCUUGUAACGAUCCGAAUAAUCCUUUUGUUAAAGCUGCUGACCAAAUCUUAAACUCUGCUGCGUGGAGAUUCUUAAUAGCAAUUAUGUUACCUCGUUUCGCACGACUCAUUCGUUUUUCCGUUUUCGACCCUUCCAUGUCUUUAUUUUUCAAGAAUGCAAUUAUGCAGGUGAUCAACAAUAGAAAACAAUCUAAAGAUUCGAAAAGUAAAGACUUUUUACAAUUGAUGUUAAAUGCGGAAAACGAUAAUGAGAAUACUUCUGAGAAGAAAGUAUUGGAAAUGGACGAUAUUGUUGCUCAAUGCGUCAUGUUUUUCCUGGCUGGAUACUUCACAACAAUUGCGACAAUGAAUUGUUUAGCACACGAACUAGCAAUUAAUCAGGUGGUUCAAGAAAAACUGUAUCAAGAAAUAAAGGAAACUUUAAAUGACAAUGAAGAAUUAGAUUAUGAUACAGUGUUUGGAAUGAAGUAUCUUGAAGCUGUUGUCCAGGAAAUUCUCAGAUUUUAUUCGCCUAAUCCAAGAUUAGAGAGAAGGAGUGUAGAGGAUUAUAAGAUAAAAGACACUAAUAUUGUAAUUCCUAAAUCGACUUUAAUCGCUAUACCUACUUACGUUCUCUGCCAUGAUCCAAAUUAUUUUCCUAAUCCAGAAAAAUUCGAUCCAGACAGAUUUCUCCCAGAAAAUAAGGAAAAAAUACACCAAUAUGCAAAUUUACCAUUUGGUAUUGGUCCUCGAGGUUGUUUAGGAAUGAGAUUCGCUUUAAUGGAAAUUAAAAUGGCAAUUAUCUAUUUGAUGCGGAAAAUUCGAUUUAAACCGGGAGUUAAUACAAAGAGCGAACCAGUAUACAGAAGAACUAAAGAGAUGACAGACUUUUACGGUAUUCCGUAUUCUGUUUUAAUUCCCAUAGGAAUUUUUUUAGCCUUAUAUUUAUAUCUUACAAGAAAUUUUGGUUACUGGAAACGUCUUGGAAUUCCAGAAGUACCUCCCAUACCACUCACAGGUUCUUUCAGAUUUGACUUGAAUUCUCAUCAAGGAAAAGCAGAACAAGUUUGGUAUAACAAAUAUGGCAAAAUAUUUGGGAUAUACGAAGGUACAAAUCCGGUACUUAUAAUCGCAGAUCCAGAUCUAUUGAAAGAUAUUCUAGUCAAGGAUUUCCAUGUAUUUUCUGAGAUUAGGGACAUUCAAUUUGGAGAUCCAAUUAUAGAUAAAAUGCUUUUUGUACUGCGUGCAGAAAGAUGGAAAGAAGUUAGAAAUCUUAUAACUCCUACCUUUACUUCAGGGAAAAUGAGAUUGAUGUCCAAAUCAAUUAACGAUUGUUGUAAAACACUCGAAAAUAAUCUUGUGGAAGGAGCUAAAACCAAAAAAGAAGUAGAUGUUAACAAGUUUUUUGGUGCUUACACUAUUGACGUCGUGGCCAGAUGCGCUUUUGGAAUGAACCUGGAUUCUUGUAACGAUCCGAAUAAUCCUUUUGUUAAAGCUGCUGACCAAAUCUUAAACUCUGCCGCGUGGAGAUUCUUAAUAGCAAUUAUGUUACCUCGUUUCGCACGACUCAUUCGUCUUUCCGUUUUCGACCCUUCCAUGUCUUUAUUUUUCAAGAACGCAAUUAUGCAGGUGAUCAACAAUAGAAAACAAUCUAAAGAUUCGAAAAGUAAAGACUUUUUACAAUUGAUGUUAGAUGCGGAAAACGAUAAUGAGAAUAGUUCUCAGAAGAAAAUAUUGGAAAUGGAUGAUAUCGUGGCUCAAUGCGUCAUGUUUUUCAUCUCUGGCUACUUCACAACUAUGGCUACACUUUCUUUUCUCGCUCACGAACUAGCAAUUAACCAGACGGUUCAAGAAAAACUGUAUCAAGAAAUAAAGGAAACUGUAAAAGACAAUGAAGAACUAGAUUAUGAUACAGUAUUUGGAAUGAAGUAUCUUGAAACUGUUGUUCAGGAAGUUCUCAGAUUCUAUUCGCCUAAUCCGAGAUUAGAGAGAAGGAGUGUAGAGGAUUAUAAGAUAAAAGACACUAAUAUUGUAAUUCCUAAAUCGACUUUAAUCGCUAUACCUACUUACGUUCUCUGCCACGAUCCAAAUUAUUUUCCUAAUCCAGAAAAAUUCGAUCCAGACAGAUUUCUCCCAGAAAAUAAGGAAAAAAUACACCAAUAUGCAAAUUUACCAUUUGGUAUUGGUCCUCGAGGUUGUUUAGGAAUGAGAUUCGCUUUAAUGGAAAUUAAAAUGGCAAUUAUCUAUUUGAUGCGGAAAAUUCGAUUUAAACCGGGAGUUAAUACAAAGAGCGAACCAGUAUACAGAAGAACUAAAGGCAUUCAUUGUCCCGAACAUGUUUAUUUGAAUCUGGAAUUAAGACAGCAAGAAUAAAUGAAUUGGUUUUGUACAGAAUGUAUAUUAAUUGCUGUAUUUUACGGCAUAUAAGAC